GUUAUUCCUCCGCGUGAUACUACCGCAAAAGAAUGGACAUUUCAUGGACAAUAAUUCUGGGCAGCAUAAUCGGCUUGCUGUUCCUGCUAAAUUAUAUUUUAUCGAGAGAAAGGAAUUUCGCGCAAUAUGGAAUGCCUUUUGUUCCAAAACAUUCCAUCUUCUACGACAUCAUACAGGUUCUGCUGAAGAGACUCUCUAUCGUCAACCAAACUCUGAAGAUUUAUUGGCAUGAUGAUACUGCAAAAUACAUCGGCUACCACGAGUUCUCCAAGCCUGUCAUCAUGAUCCGUGACCCUGAACUUCUGAAGAGCAUCACAGUGAAGAACUUCGAGCACUUCGUGGACCACCGUAGCUUUGGCGACCCUGAAAUGGAGCCUCUGUUCAGCAACAACUUGUUUGCUCUAAAAGGCGACAAGUGGCGGGAAAUUAGGACGCUGCUGACUCCUGCUUUCACUUCUUCAAAGAUGCGGGCCAUGUUCAUGCUGAUGUCUGAGUGCGCGAACAAUUUCACCGAGUCAUUGUUGGAGCAGAUCCAGAAAACCAACGAGUUCAACUCGAAGGACAUCUUCAGCCGCUACACCAACGACACCAUCGCAACCUGCGCUUUUGGAGUCGCCGUAGAUUCGAUGAAGAACCCGACGAACGAUUUCUACGUCCUGGGUCGAAAAGCCACCAACUUUGAAGGAAUCCAGAUGCUGAAGUUCGUUAUCACGAUGAGCUCCCCGAAGCUGGCCAAGUUUCUCCGCUUGAAGCUCUUCGAUAAAGAAGCGGAUUCGUUCUUCCUGAACCUGGUCCGUGAUACUAUCACAACGAGAGACGAGAAGAACAUUCACCGACCGGACAUGAUCCAGCUGAUGAUGGAAACCCGGAACCAAGAGCCAGGGUCCAAGAAACCAGAGCUGUCAAUCGAGAAAAUGACAUCCCAGGCCUUCAUUUUCUUCUUCGCGGGCUUCGAUACCACUUCGACCUUGAUGAGCUUCGCCGCCCACGAGAUUUCAGUGAAUACUGAUGUCCAGAAGAGGCUCCAGGAAGAAAUCGACGAGGUUCUGGAGAGAUGCGAUGGGGAUCCAAGCUACGAAGCUAUCAACGCAAUGCAGUACCUUGAAGCGGUCGUCUACGAAGCGCUGAGACUGUAUCCAGCUGCCGUCGCGGUAGAUCGCGUGUGUACCAAGGAUUUCGAACUGCCUCCUGCUGUUCCGGGAGCCAAGCCUUACAUGGUCAAGGAAGGAGAUGCGUUGAUCCUUCCUAUGUGGGCAGUUCACAGAAAUCCCAAAUACUUUCCUGAUCCGGAGAAGUUCGAUCCUGAGAGAUUCUUGGGAGAUAAGGAAGCGCUUCACAGUCCAGCGUACUUUCCCUUUGGAGUUGGACCUAGGAUGUGUAUUGGGAACAGGUUUGCCAUUUUGGAGACCAAGGUUCUGUUCUUCCAUCUCUUAGCCAAGUGCACCAUCAAGCCUGCUAAAAAGAUGAAAUUGCCGAUGAAGAUAUCCUCGAGUUCUGUCGCUGUAACUGCUGAAGGAGGAUUUUGGCUGGAAAUUCUCGCCAGGAAAGGUGUAUAA